AUGAAAGUUUUGGUCGUAGUUUGUGUGGUUGCAUUUGCAGUUGCCAGUGCAAACGAAGGGAAUGCGAGUAAGAGUCGUAUGCAACCCGAUGCAGCUCGGCUGAUCGAUGAAAGACAGGAAAAGUCUACGCUUAGUUCGUUGAAGAAAAUCGUCGGAGGAGUAUCGGUCAGCAUUGAACAGUAUCCUUAUCAAUUGUCUCUACGAAACUACGACUAUCACAUCUGUGGGGCUUCGAUCAUAUCCGACGUAUGGGCAUUGACUGCCGCCCACUGUCUUUAUCCAGAUCCGGAUCCAAAAACGAUAUCUCUGCGAGCUGGCACAUCCAACCAGUCGAGAGGAGGUCGAAUCUACAAUGCGUCUCGAAUUAUCAUCCAUCCGAUGUACAAUCCCAGCUGGAUGGAUAACGACGUGGCCGUUAUCCGCGUGAGUGCCCCAUUCAGUGGCCCCAACACCGAACAGAUCCGUCUGGUUCCACAAGGUUUUGAACCGAUCACUGGAAUCCGCGCAAUCGUCACCGGAUGGGGACGCCAGAGUGAAGAUUCUACCCAAGUAAUGACGUUAGCUGGGGUGGAAAUUCCCAUCGUCGAUAAGGAAGAUUGUUCGAGCCAGUGGAACGGAGUCGAAGUGACACCUCAGAUGAUAUGCGCUGGAGAAUUGGGUAGAGAUUCCUGCAACGGUGAUAGUGGCGGUCCCCUCGUUUCCGGAGGACGUCAAAUUGGAAUCGUUUCAUGGGGCUCGACCAAAUGCGGUGGACCGUUGGCUGCAAUCUAUACCCAUUUAGGUAAUGUGGCAAUCCGCACCUUUAUCAGCUCAACUACAGGCGUGUGA